GCAGUCAUGAAGUUGCAGAUUCCUAACCCAGGCCUGGAGGAGCGCAUCCCCUCUCACGCUGAGCUGGAAGAGCUGGAGGAGGUCCAGGCAAGGGGCCGGCCGCAGUGGGACAACAAAGCCCAGUACAUGCUCACCUGUGUGGGCUUCUGUGUGGGGCUCGGCAACGUCUGGAGGUUCCCCUACCUCUGCCAGAGUCAUGGAGGAGGAGCGUUCAUGAUCCCAUUCCUGCUGCUGUUGGUUCUGGAGGGAGUUCCUCUGCUACAUCUGGAGUUUGCCAUCGGACAGAGGCUGAGGAAGGCCAGUGUGGGUGUCUGGAGGUCUAUUAACCCUUACUUAGUUGGUGUCGGUAUAUCAUCCACAUUGGUGUCAUAUAUGGUUGGAAUGUACUACAACACCAUCAUAGCCUGGGUCAUGUGGUACUUCUUCAACUCCUUCCAGGACCCUCUGCCCUGGAGCCAGUGUCCCGUCAACGAAAACAGAACUGGUCUGGUGUCAGAGUGUGCUCGUAGCUCUCCUGUGGAUUAUUUCUGGUACAGAAAGACUCUGAAUACCUCGACCAAGAUCGAGGACUCAGGUGGGCUGCAGUGGUGGAUGGUGAUCUGUCUGAUCGCAGCGUGGAUGGUACUCUGGGUGUGCUGCAUCCGUGGCAUUGAAACAACAGGCAAGGCUGUGUACAUAACUUCCACUCUGCCGUACGUGGUUCUCACCAUCUUCCUGAUCCGAGGGCUGACACUCAAAGGCUCCAUGAACGGGAUCAAGUUCCUCUUCACUCCUGAUUUAAAUGAAUUGCUAAACCCAGCUACAUGGCUGGAUGCUGGCGCUCAGGUGUUCUACUCUUUCUCUCUUGCUUUUGGAGGACUGAUAUCGUUCUCCAGCUACAACUCUGUUCAUAACAACUGUGAACAGGAUGCUGUUACAAUCUCCAUAAUCAAUGGCUUCACAUCGAUCUACGCUGCCAUAGUGAUCUACUCCAUCAUUGGAUUCAGAGCCACUGAGAGGUUUGACGACUGCCUUAGCGGGAACAUUGUGGCUCUUCUGAAUGCGUUUCAUCUCCCAGAGGGAAACAUCACAGAGAGCAACUACAAUGAAGUCCUGCAGAGUCUCAACAGCACAUCACCUGAAAUCAUACAGGCGCUCAGCCUGAAGACCUGUGACAUGCAGGCUCUGCUAAGCCAGGGUGUGGAGGGCACAGGUCUGGCCUUCAUCGUGUUCACAGAGGCCAUCACCAAGAUGCCCAUCUCCCCACUCUGGGCCAUGCUGUUCUUCAUUAUGCUCUUCUGCCUUGGCCUCUCCACCAUGUUUGGCAGUGUUGAGGGGGUUGUGAUGCCUCUGCAGGACCUGAAUGUAUUCCCCAAGACCUGGCCGAAAGAGGCCCUAACAGGGAUUGUUUGCCUGGCCUCGUUUGCUAUCGCUUUGAUCUUCACACAGCGCUCUGGUGAAUACUGGCUGGCUCUGUUCGACAGCUUUGCAGGUUCCAUUCCUCUUCUCAUCAUUGCCUUCUGCGAGAUGAUAGCUGUGUGUUACAUCUAUGGGAUAGACAGGUUUAACAAAGACAUUGAGUUCAUGAUUGGCCACAAGCCCAACAUCUUCUGGCAGGCCACGUGGCGAGUGAUUAGUCCUCUCAUUGUGCUUGUAAUAUUCCUUUUCUACCUUGUUUCCACUGCCACCAAAGAACUCACCUACAUCGCAUGGAACCCAGAGUCGGACAACUUCCCAAUGUUAGAGACCAUGUUCUACCCAGGGUGGAUCUAUGUCAUCAUCUUCAUCCUUUCUGGAGUGCCUGCCCUCAUCAUUCCCCUAGUGGCUGUAUACAAAUAUUUGUGGAAGAGCUGCUGUAGGAGUGACAACACACACAAAAAGAGUAUCAGCACAGUCUCUGCCCAUAUACACAUGGACAUGGAACUGAAGAAAUCAUUACCAAAGAAAUCAAGUGAUGUAACAGCAACAUGUGCAGGAUUAGCAUAGAUCACCCAGGAGGGCAACAGAGCAUCCAAGAAGACCGUUACUGUCAGUAACACCAGAAGACAACAAAGCUUUGCCCAGAGGACAAUAAGGAUUUACCAUACAUUACACUAGAGGACAAUGGACCUUUACCACAGCAGCACUUCCUCAGGUAUUAAUUAUACUACCACAGCAUUUAUAGAGAGUAGCACUAAACUUUAAUAGUAAAUGUAUAUAUCAAGGACUAUACUCCUAAAUUAAUUAAACGUGAGGACUACAGCAGGGGAAAUUGUUCUAAAAUGUUGCAGACUUUUAGAACAAGCAUCAUCAAAAACAUGUUUUCUUUACACUGCAAACACAUGGCUGGAACUGAAAUACUAAAAUCAACUUAUAUCAAAAGAACAAUGUAUAACUUAACAGAUAAUAAAAUUUAGACUAAAGGCAGAGUAUGUAGUUCCAUGCUGUUUUAAGACUAAUUUUGGACCAAGUCACAUUUUUUUAUUCAAACAGGCAUUGCAUGUAGAAAGGCAGGUAUACAGAUUAGUAAAACACAGCUGGUACAGU